AUGUCUCUGACCAACACAAAGACGGGCUUCUCGGUGAAGGACAUUCUGGACCUCCCCGACACCAACGAUGAGGACGGCUCGGCGGAGGGCGGCGAGGAGGAGAGCGAGGCGCCCGAGCCGCCCAGGAAAUCGGGAGUUUUGGGACAAACCCCCUUGGACACUGUUCCGACGCUGCCUCUGAAGAGCCCUUUCUAUGAUAACAGCGAUAAUCCCUACACGCGCUGGCUGGCGAGCGCCGAGGGCAUCCAGUACUCCCUGCACGGGCUGGCGGCCGGCGGCGGCGGCCAGGACCCCUCGGCCAAAUCCCCGGAGCCUUCGGCAGACGAGUCCCCCGACAACGAGAAGGAAGCGGCGGGCGGCGGGGACGCGGGCAAGAAGAGGAAGAGGAGGGUGCUGUUCUCCAAGGCGCAGACCUACGAGCUGGAGCGGCGGUUCCGGCAGCAGCGGUACCUGUCGGCCCCGGAGCGGGAGCACCUGGCCAGCCUGAUCCGCCUCACCCCCACGCAGGUGAAGAUCUGGUUCCAGAACCACCGCUACAAGAUGAAGCGGGCGCGGGCCGAGAAAGGUAUGGAAGUGACUCCUCUCCCCUCGCCGCGGCGGGUGGCCGUGCCGGUGCUAGUGAGGGACGGCAAGCCCUGCCACACGCUCAAAGCUCAGGACUUGGCAGCAGCCACGUUCCAGACGGGCAUCCCGUUCUCGGCGUACAGCGCGCAGUCCCUGCAGCAGCACAUGCAGUACAACGCGCAGUACAGCGCGGCCGGCAGCCCCCAGUACCCCACAGCGCAUCACUUGGUGCAGGCGCAGCAAUGGACCUGGUGAGGGCUGCGCGCCCCGCACACGCC